AUGGUCAAGAAAAAGUUAGAACUCGAGGAUGAGAAGGUCACCCACACGCUCACGUCAUUCACAAUUCGACUCACAUUUCGACCAAGGGAAGUAAAAGAGAAAGGGAAAGUCGAAGUGUCCACGUCAAAGUGCCGCCUCGUUUCACCACCCACUCCUGGGAAAUGCCCAGAAGAUAUCCCCGAUUUUAUUCGAGACAGCCACCUCUUUCCUAAUGCCAUCAUUCGCUCGCCGACUAGCAUGAAGCUCCUUCCAGCCACAUCGAUACAUAAGAGCCGAGAUGAGAGUUGCAUUUCUUCACAAACGACUGGUUCUCAGACAAUCCCCAGCAUUUCGCAGUCGAGCGGCUCCUACUUGAGCGACAACAUUGAAAAUGAUCUCCAAGCUGCCGAGGCUUUCCUUAAGAACAUGAAGACUCGAAUGAGUCUGAAGUGUCGCGAUCGUUUACCGCCGAUGAGUGUGAGCAGCCGUGAUGCAUUGAAUCGGAGUGAUGCCAAGGCUGAGCCAUCAGUCCCGACCACCGCGACUUUCCCCUCGGACUACUCUCAUGGAAAUCCGCCCACCAACCACUCACGUUCUUCCUCGAUUGAAACUCUUCGCUCGCUUCAAUUUGAUGUUAGCAAUAUUCCCAGGGCAAUGACAACGACAUUCCAACGACUCCCGAUCCAAGCAAUGAUCACUACAGGUGCUGUAGUCACGGAACUGGUUGUGCUGUUAUUCAAGCAGCUGGAUGGAAGCUUGGAUAGGAAUAUGAUCGGUUUUGUCGAGGUUACGCGAACGCGAGAUCUUUUGCCUUGCACAUUUCACUUCUUCUUUUUCAAA